UAGGUGACAAAAGGCGAGACUCGAUUCGGAGAAGCGUCCGGGCAUGUGACUUCGCCUGUGAUGAGCCGCAGUGGUGCUUAUUCAAGACUGAAAAGUUCCCACCGAGCCACUGGCGAAGAUGUGCUUAAAUUACCCGGAAUCCGUCGUAGGCGUAGGUGCUUCGAUGCGCUACUCAGGCUCGCAAUCACUACGCUACCGUCGGGAGAAACUUGCGUUAUUUCGUUGACUCACCGCGGUUGUUUGGGCGCGCUGACCCACAGGCGGUCAAAUAAGUAUUACGAGCUCAAUCGAGCUAAACUGAGCCUUUCGUCCAUGCUUGCUCAUGCAGAGCACGCCUAGCUCUGCGCUUAUCGCUCUGGAGGCAAGGUCUUCACUUCCAUCGCGGAUAGAAGGAGUAACUCCUCUGGUCCUUCGUCAUGGCCAAGCGUAAUACGGCGCGCAGCGAACAGAUUGGGAUUCAGAUAAAUGUGUUUGCAAGCAAGAAGCAUCUUCUCCAAUCUCGAGUUCGGUGUCGUUCGACAUGUCUCUCCCAGUGCCUCAGUUAUUCCAGCCGAUUCUGGUGGGCGAAAUGCAGCUCAAGCAUCGCGUCGUGAUGGCUCCAUUGACGCGCAAUCGCUCUGAUCCAGACCGCGUCCCUCUCCCGCUCGUGAAGGAAUACUACGUCCAGCGGGCCUCGCAGCCGGGGACGCUCAUUAUCUCAGAGGCCAUGUUCAUCGACGAGCGCGCUGCCGGAUGCCUCUAUGUUCCCGGUCUGUGGUCCGAAGCUCACAUUGCGGCGUGGAAGGAGAUCGUCGAUGCCGUGCACGCGCAGGGCUCGUUCAUCUACAUGCAACUGUGGGCACACGGUCGAGCAGCCCAGCCGGACACUCUGGGUGAACACGCAUACGUGUCCGCAUCGGAUAUCCCGCUCAGCUACCGGCCCGCGGACGAGAUCAAGCCUCGCCCACUGUCGAUCACCGAGAUCGCCGAAUACGUGGAGCUCUACGCGCGCGGAGCAAAGUAUGCGGUGGAGGGUGCUGGCUUCGACGGGGUCGAGAUCCACGGCGCGAACGGGUACCUGAUCGACCAGUUCACGCAGGAUGUGAGCAACGUGCGGUCGGACGAGUACGGAGGGAGCAUCGAGAAUCGGACUCGAUUCGCGCUGGAGAUCCUCGAUGCGGUCGUUGCCGCUGUGGGCCUAAGAAAACGGGUUUCCGCAUCAGUCCGUGGAACAACUAUCAAGGUGAAGAAUUCGCGAUCGAACAGGAUCAAAGCGCGGUAUCCCGACUUGGCUUUCAUCCACGCCGUCGAGCCACGAGUCGCUGGAGGCGAUAUUCUCGCAGACGACACCAUCCCAGAAGACGUAAGCAACGACUUCAUCCGCGACAUCUGGGCAUCCGACACGAGGCGACUCAUCUCUGCCGGGGGGUACAAGCGUGCAUCGGCCAUCCGAGACGCGGAGAAAGGCGAGCUGAUAGCCUUCGGGAGACUGUUCAUCUCGAAUCCCGACUUGGCCUCCCGCUUGCUACAUGACUACCCUCUGAACCCGUACGACCGGGAUACGUUUUACGUCGAUGGCGUCUCAGAUCCGAGGGGCUACACGGAUUAUCCAUUUUACGCUCCCGAGUCGUAGCUUGGGUGAUGUAACUGAUGUCGCUGGAGUUGGUCUAUCGCGCGAGGAUCCCUGCUGUUCUGCGCGUAAGAAUGCCAGCAUCUAGAUCCGAUAAUGAGGCUGAAUGGAA